UACGACGGUCUUGAAUGCACCACCGGUACCUCUCUUUCAGCCGUUGGCGGCACCUAGCUAAAACUUUUCUUUAGCCUGUAUGUAGGAUUUGCGCUUCUGUCUUUUUCUUUACAAUUUCUGCCAAUAGGCUAUAAAAACCCUUUUACCUCCCAAUGACGGUCGACGGUGAAUCUUUGAGAGCAGGCAGGGCUCAGUUUGACGAAGCUCAAAAAAGUCCGCGGGGAAGUUCCCUAGGAAAUCCCCCAAGACUGUUCGGGGAUAUUAUUCUCGACACUGAUGCGCCAAAGCUCCGACACAAUUGACCUCCUCGGUGCAUUUCUGAAGACACACGGCGAGGAGCAGAGGCGUCAAAUGCUGGAUUACUAAAAGACGAAUCCUUCUGUCAAAUCUUACGAAGCCCGCAAUGGAUAACGUCAGUAUAAACACGGAUAACGACGCGCUGAAAGACAAGAUCCGGAGUUACAGCACGCUGAAUUCUCUGUACCAUGAGACGCGGCAGGAAAUCGACCUCCUCAAUAAGCAAAUCUAUGUAAAGGACAGUAUCAUUGCAGAUUUGAAAGCGAGGCUGGGGAGAUACGAGAGGAUCUACAUGACGGUGGGCGACAACGAGUCCGUGGUCAUCGGGCCGUCCAAGUCUCUGCUGGAGAGUCUGUGCAAAGAAAUAUGCAAACUGAAACAGAAGAGGAACGACAUGGAGUUCAAGGCGUCUCGACAGGCAGAGGAGAUCCAGAGGCUGAAUGUGCAGCUCAGGGAGAAGGAGCUGGAGCUGGAGAGAGUCAGGUGUCAGCCAGACCACGAGAAGGACCAGGAGAUCCAGAGGCUGCGGUCCGCCCUGGAGGAGAGGGAGCGUGCCGAGGCCACCAGAGCCGUGCUCUGCACGUCCCUGGCGGAAGAGGCGGACCAGCUGCGCAGCCAGCUGGGUGCAACCGUGAAGGUGUGCCAGGAGCUGCUGAGUAGGCUGGAGAAGGAGAAGAUGGGAGGAGAAGAAGUGGAGGUUGUGGCUCAGCAGCAGAAGGCUAAGGAGAUGUCUGAGUCCUCUGACAUGAGUGGUAUUAACACUGAAAUCCGCAAACUGCAGGAGGAGAAUCAACAACUAAAGCAGCGAGUGGCAUAUGUACAAGGCCUGAAUUCUCAGUGGCAGAAGUACGACUCCAGCAGGGAGGACUAUAUCAGAGGUUUAUGUCAGAGGCUGAAGGAGACCUCUGGGCAGGGCUUGAUUCCAGGGCUGGGCUCUGUAAGCACAGGGUUGCUUCAUCAUGAGAUUUCCAGGCUCAACAGCUUACUUGAGGAAAAGAUGAGCGAGUGCGAGCGGCUGGAAAGAGAAGUGGAGAACGUAAGGAGGCAGGACCAAGAGCGAAUCCAGACUCUGGAGCAGCAGGUGCUCAUCUACACAGAGGACUUUAAGUCCGAGCGUGCCGACAGGGAGCGAGCACAGGGCCAAAUUGAAGACCUGAAAGAGCAGGUUUAUCAGUUAAAACGACAGCUACACAAACAGGGGGCAAGCAGAGAGAACAGAGAAGUGGUUCCCAUGUGUCGUGUGCAUAUAGGACACAGGAUCUCCUCAAGGCGACAUAAGGACUCUUCAGAGCCUCUAUUGAGGACCACAGCUGAGAUGCAGCCGCCCGCAGCUGCAGCAGCGGCAACAUCACCACCAAACCCUGCUUGGAACGAAUGCCCAGGCCUGUCAGAGCUACAGUGCCCGCAGUGCCUCGCCACGUUCAGCGACGGGGAAACAGCAGAGUACCUGAACCAUUGUGAAGAGUGCGCCAAACUAUAAACGGAACAACAUUCAUGUGGAAGAGACAGUUAUAUCUCUCGCUGACAGUAACCGAACACUCAAGAGCAGCACUACACGGCAGAAAAAUAGCCAGAGUGGAGUAUCCAAUCCAGAGAGGCUUGACAACAAAUGAAACGACUGAUUUAAGAUGUUUGGACACGGUGAAGAAAAGCUGUACAACCCAAAGUUCCCCUGUUGUAAGACAAAUGAGUUCAUCAAGCUUCUUAAGUCUGUAUAGUUCAUAUCUAGUGCCUCGUUCUUAGUGUUCUCCUGUUGCAACACAGGAGGUUAUUGUGGUGGAGAAGUGGAUGCCAAUGCAAUAUAUUAAAUAUCAUAUACCUCAGUCUGUCAAAUUACAAACCUAUUGCACUUUCUUCACAUUUAACCAAGAAUUAAUCGUAGGGACGUACGAUUAAGAGAUACAUGAUGCAUAAGCUUCUUAUUUUGGAUCGAGACAUGUAGUUAAUAUGGUGCUAUUAGUUGUUUAUUUUUGAUUGAACUUUACAUAUUUCUGUUGUGUAAAUUAUAUAUUCUUAAGAACAGAUUUAAAAUAUAUAACUAUUAUAUUAAUAUUUAUUCUCUUUGCAUAAAUAUUUGGAAAAGGCAAAUCAUGUAAGUGCCUUUUUUCUGUUAAAGCCCUUAAACAUUUUUUUCCUGGUAAACAUUUGGGAUCAGAAAUGUUAGUUAGAACUGAAAAAAUGUUCAAGAUCCACUUUUGUAUUUAAAGAUUGCAUCCCAAACUGACAAUAUGCUUAUUCUUGGAGAUCUGGUGCUGUUUUUCUUGAGCUGGCACAUUAUUUUUGUAAUAAAAGACUGUUUA